UACUAGCGAAAAACGAGAAAAUAUUCUCAGUCAAUUUCCGACGCUUCCAGUGUGAGGUUCGAAAUUGAAUAAGUUCAAGUUUUUACGGGAAGUGUUUUUCGUGUAAUCAAUUUUGUUGCUAUUACCCGACUACUUUUGGAGAAUCAUUAAUAUUCUUACCCCAUCUUCAACCAUGAGUCCACCGCUGUUAAGCAAAGAAAUUCCUGAUAUUGAAAAUUUAUUAUCACUAAAUCCACGAGUGAAAAGCAAUUGCUCGUUAGUACCAUCUGUGGAAACUAAAGUGAAUAAAAAACAUUGGAAGCGCAAUAGUGAUAGGUCCUGUACGUCGACUUCUCAUCUUAAGAACAACUUUGAUGAUAUCAAGCACACCACCCUUUCGGAACGAGGAGCAUUGAAGGAAGCUGCCCGUUGCUUGAAGUGCGCGGAUGCUCCUUGUCAAAAGUCGUGUCCUACGCAAUUGGAUAUAAAGAGCUUCAUUACGAGCAUUUCAAAUAAGAACUACUAUGGUGCAGCUAAAGCAAUAUUCUCGGACAAUCCCUUGGGUCUUACCUGUGGCAUGGUAUGUCCAACUAGUGAUCUUUGUGUGGGAGGCUGCAAUCUGGAGGCUUCCGAGGAGGGUCCCAUCAAUAUUGGUGGCUUACAACAUUAUGCCACCGAGGUUUUUAAACAAAUGGGCAUUCGCCAAAUUCGCCCUCCAAAUCAGAAACCACUGGCCCAUCCCAAUAAAAAAAUAGCACUGCUGGGAGGUGGACCGGCUUCACUGUCUUGCGCUACAUUCCUUGGACGCUUGGGAUAUACCGACAUUACAAUCUAUGAAAAGCGCAGCUAUUUCGGUGGAUUGAGUUCAUCAGAAAUUCCUCAAUACCGUCUUCCAUACGAGGUGGUUGAUUUUGAGAUUCAACUAGUGAAAGAUUUAGGAGUGAAAUUUGAGACCGGUCGUGCACUUUCAAUCAAGGACAUCACUGUUCAGAAGCUCAUUGACGCCGGAACUGAUGCUGUGUUCUUGGGGAUUGGAUUACCCGAGCCGACAAAAAAUAAAAUCUUCGAAGGUCUAAAUGAAAGUCAUGGUUUCUAUACUUCCAAGAGCUUUUUGCCACAAGUCGCUAAUGGUAGUAAACCAGGACUCUGUGCUUGUAAAGCCAGUCAGGCUCUUCCCAGCCUAUACGGAAAUGUAAUUGUUUUGGGUGCUGGUGAUACAGCAUUCGAUUGUGCUACAUCUGCUCUCCGUUGUGGAGCACGUAAAGUGUUUGUCGUUUUCCGACGAGGAACAUCUAACAUUCGGGCUGUUCCCGAAGAAGCUGAACUUGCCCGUGAUGAAAAAUGUGAAUUUAUUCCAUUUUUAACACCAGCUAAAGUAAUAGUGAAGAAUGAUAAGAUCGCAGCCAUGGAAUUUUAUAGAAAUGAACAAGAUGAAAAUGGGGUUUGGGCAGAAGAUCAUGAGCAAAUCACCCGAUUGAAAGCCAAUUUUGUGAUUUCUGCUUUUGGAUCAGGACUACAUGAUGCCGAAGUCAUCCAGGCCAUGGCACCAGUCAAAUUAACCAAAUGGAAUUUGCCCGAAAUCAACCCCAAAACUCAUCAAACAUCUAUUCCUCAAGUUUUCUGUGGUGGAGAUCUUGCAGGAUCAGCCGAUACAACUGUUGAGUCUGUAAACGAUGGAAAAACUGCUGCUUGGUAUAUUCACUGCUAUUUACAGGGAAUCACAUUCGAUAAAACACCAGAAUUGCCACUAUUUCAUACUGAUAUUGAUCUGGUUGAUAUUUCUGUGGAAAUGUGUGGAAUUAAAUUUGAAAAUCCAUUCGGAUUGGCAUCAGCUCCACCGACAACUAGUGCAGCAAUGAUUCGACGAGCAUUCGAACAAGGAUGGGGAUUUGCUGUUACAAAAACGUUUGGAUUAGAUAAGGACCUUGUAACUAACGUAUCACCACGUAUUGUGAGAAGCAUAACAUCUGGUCAUAACUACGGACCGCAGCAAGGUGCUUUCUUGAACAUCGAGCUGAUCUCGGAGAAAUGUUGCGAAUAUUGGACCCGUAGCAUUACUGAAUUGAAAAAAGAUUUUCCAACGAAAAUCGUUAUUGCUAGCAUCAUGUGUACCUACAAUCAGGCCGACUGGACUGAAUUAGCUCAAAUGGCUGAAGCCGCUGGUGCCGAUGCGUUAGAAUUGAAUUUGUCAUGCCCUCACGGCAUGGGUGAGUCUGGGAUGGGUUUGGCUUGUGGCCAAGACCCUAUUCUUGUCCGAGAUAUUUCACGCUGGGUUCGAGCUGCAGUGAAAAUUCCAUUCUUCGUAAAACUAACACCAAACAUAACAGACAUUGUAGCAAUUGCAAUGGCGGCUAAAGAAGGCAAUGCAGAUGGUGUGUCAGCAAUUAAUACAGUUCAAGGACUCAUGAGUGUCAAAGCUGAUGGAUCCCCAUGGCCAGCAGUGGGCACCGAUAAACGGACCACUUACGGCGGUGUAUCUGGAAAUGCCACAAGACCUCAAGGCCUGCGAGCCGUUUCCUCAAUUGCUAACAAGCUGCCAGGCUUCCCAAUUCUAGGUAUUGGAGGUAUUGAUUCAGCUGAUGUUGCAUUGCAGUUCUUGCAAUGUGGAGCUAGCAUUGUUCAAGUAUGCUCAUCAGUGCAGAACCAAGACUUCACGUUGAUUGAAGAUUAUUGUACAGGGCUCAAAGCGUUACUAUACCUGAAAGCAAAUCCCCCACCAGGAAUAGCUAUUUGGGAUGGACAGUCACCGCCAACACGCAAAGUGCAAAAGGGAAAACCAGUUCAAACAAUAUUAGAUGAAAGCGGUAAAGUAUUGCCUCAUUUUGGUCCAUAUAAGAAACAGCGCGAAGAAAAGCUGACGGAGCAGCGAAGCAAGUCUGGAUGUGUAUUAGAAGAUAAUAAUUCCGUGAAUGGCAACACCAUUCCUAAUAGGACUGUAAAUCCUGCGCCGAAAAUCAAAGAUAUAAUUGGCUUAGCUUUGCCACAUAUUGGAUCAUAUAAGAGCUUGGAUAAUAAGAAACAAGUCGUUGCUCUUAUAGAUGAUGACAUGUGCAUCAAUUGCGGAAAAUGCUAUAUGGCAUGCGCUGAUUCUGGUUACCAAGCAAUCACUUUUGAUUCCGAAACUCAUAUGCCGCAUGUGACUGACGAUUGUACUGGUUGCACCCUUUGUGUCUCAGUAUGUCCAAUUAUUGAUUGCAUUAGCAUGGUGCCAAAGCAAAUUCCGCACAUAGUCAAACGAGGCUUGGAUAAGGUUCAUCACACACACGCACUUAGCCCAAUGCAGUAGAACGAAUGUAGUCCAAUUUUAGAAAAUUUCUAUUUUUACGUAAAGUAAUUAAAAAAAUAAAUGGGAUUAAUUGAAAAAUGAA